GGCGGCACCGGCGCUGCGCCCCGGCGUGCGCUCUGCCUGCGCGCUGCGCGCCCCGAGGAAACCCGCCCGGGGCUUGGGAAGCGCAGGGCUGGGGGCUGCGUGUGAGUCUCCCCGAGGGUCUUGGGACCAGAAAAACUCUCAUGAUUCUAUAAAUGUUGAUGGUUCAUUUUUCUCCAAGGCACUUCACAGAUUAGCUUUCAAGUUGGAGAUUUUUCAGGUCAUAAUAUGAAAAUGCUACUGAUUUUGUUCCUCAUAAUAGUUUGUUCCCAUGUUUCUGUGAAUAAAGAUCCUGGCCCUGAGUACGCAGAUGUGGUGUUUCUGGUGGACAGCUCUGAUCACCUGGGAACUAAGUCCUUCCCGUUUGUAAAAGCCUUCGUCACCAAAAUGAUCAACAGUCUCCCCAUAGAGGCCGGCAAAUACCGCGUGGCCCUGGCCCAGUACAGCGACCAACUCCACAGCGAAUUCCAGCUGAGCACCUUCAAGAGCAGGAACCCCAUGUUGAACCACCUCAAGAAGAAUUUCGGGUUCAUGGGCGGGUCCCUGAGGAUAGGACACGCUCUCCAGGAGGCUCACAGGACUUUCUUCUCUGCACCCACAAAUGGCAGGGACAAGAAGCAGUUUCCCCCGAUUUUGGUGGUCCUGGCUUCGGCCGAGUCUGAGGAUGACGUGGAAGAGGCUUCAAAGGCCCUGCGGAAAGACGGGGUGAAGAUCAUCUCUGUGGGGAUGCACAAGGCCUCCGAGGAAAACCUGAAGUCCAUGGCCACGUCCCAGUUUCAUUUCAACCUUCGGACCGUCAGAGACCUCAGCACGUUUUCCCAGAACAUGACGCAGAUCAUCAAGGAUGUGACAAAGUACGAGGAAGCAGGAGUUGAUGAUGCCAUUGUAGAAGUUUGCCAAGGCCCUUCUGUGGCCGAUGUCGCGUUCCUGUUCGAUAUGUCUGCCAAUGGAAGCCAGGAGAACUUUGACUACCUUAAAGAAUUCCUGGAAGAAAGUGUCUCUGCCCUCGACAUAAAGGAAAAUUGCAUGAGGGUGGGCCUCGUGGCCUAUAGCAACGAGACGAAGGUGAUAAAUUCACUGAGCGGGGGUGUAAAUAAGUCGGAGGUUCUCCAGAACAUACAGAACCUCUCUCCCCAGGCCGGGAAGGCCUACACCGGAGCUGCCAUCAGAAAGAUCAAGAAGGAAGUCUUCAGAGCGCAGAAUGGCAGCCGGAAGAAUCAAGGGGUGCCUCAGAUUGCAGUGCUGGUGACCCACAGACCUUCGGAAGACAACGUGACGAAGGCAGCCCUUAACCUCCGGCGCGAGGGCGUGACCAUCUUCACCUUGGGCAUCGAGGGCGCUAGUGACGCCCAGCUGGAAAAGAUAGCAUCCCACCCGGCUGAGCAGUAUGUCUCCAAACUGAAGACCUUCUCUGACCUGGCUGCUCACAACCAGACCUUUCUGAAGAAGCUGCGGAACCAAAUAACACACACGGUCUCUGUCUUUUCAGAACGGACGGAAGCACUCAAAUCUGGUUGUGUGGACACUGAGGAAGCCGACAUCUACCUGCUCAUUGAUGGCUCAGGCACCACCCAGCCCACAGAUUUCCAAGAAAUGAAGACCUUCCUGUCCGAGGUGGUAGGCAUGUUCAACAUUGGUCCCCACAAGGUGAGGGUCGGGGCCGUUCAGUACGCCGACAGCUGGGACUUGGAAUUUGAGAUCAAUAAAUACUCAAACAAGCAUGAUUUGGGAAGGGCCAUUGAGAACAUCAGGCAGAUGGGGGGGAAUACCAACACGGGUGCAGCGCUGAAUUUCACACUGAGCCUCUUGCAAAAAGCUAAGAAGCAGCGAAAGACCAAAGUGCCACGUCACCUUGUCGUGCUGACGAACGGCAUGUCUGAGGAUAGCGUCUUGGAGCCUGCGGACAGACUGAGAGAAGAGCACAUCCGUGUCUACGCCAUCGGCAUCAGGGAGGCUAACCAAACACAGCUGAGAGAAAUCGCAGGCGAGGAAAAAAGAGUGUACUAUGUGCAUGACUUCGAUGCUUUGAAAGACAUAAGAAACCAAGUCGUUCAAGAAAUCUGUGCUGAGGAAGCCUGCAAAGAGAUGAAAGCUGACAUCAUGUUCCUGGUGGACAGUUCUGGCAGUAUAGGACUUGAAAACUUCAGUAAAAUGAAAACAUUUAUGAAAAACCUGGUGAGCAAAUCUCAGAUUGGGGCAGAUCGGGUACAAAUUGGUGUAGUCCAAUUCAGCGACAUCAACAAGGAGGAGUUUCAGCUCAACAAAUUCACAACUGAAAGUGACAUUUCAGAUGCAAUAGACCGAAUGGCUCACAUUGGAGAAACCACCUUGACCGGUAGUGCCCUGACCUUUGUGUCUCAGUACUUCAGCCCCAGCAAGGGGGCCCGGCCCAAUGUCAGGAAGUUUCUCAUCCUCAUCACGGAUGGUGAAGCUCAGGACAUAGUAAAGGACCCAGCGGUAGCUCUUCGGCAAGAAGGCAUAAUUAUCUACUCUGUGGGAGUGUUUGGCUCCAAUGUCACUCAGCUUGAGGAGAUCAGCGGGAGGCCUGAGAUGGUUUUUUACGUUGAGAAUUUUGACAUUCUGCAGCACAUUGAAGAUGAUCUCGUUUUUGGAAUAUGCAGUCCCCGUGAAGAAUGCAAGCGGAUUGAAGUUUUGGAUGUCGUGUUUGUGAUCGACAGCUCUGGCAGCAUUGACUACGAUGAGUAUAAUAUCAUGAAGGACUUUAUGACUGGCUUAGUGAAAAAAGCCGAUGUUGGCAAGAAUCAGGUCCGGUUUGGGGCUCUGAAGUAUGCCGAUGACCCAGAGGUGCUGUUUUAUCUGGACGACUUUGACACAAAAUGGGAGGUGAUUUCAGUGCUCCAGAAGGACCAGCCCAUGGGGGGCAACACUUACACUGCUGAGGCGCUAGCCUUCUCAGACCACAUGUUCACCGAAGCCCGGGGCAGCCGCCUGCACAAGGGGGUCCCCCAAGUCCUCAUCGUGAUCACUGAUGGGGAAUCUCAUGAUGCCAAUAAGCUCAAUGCCACAGCAAAGGCCUUGCGGGACAAAGGCAUUCUUGUCCUGGCCGUGGGGAUUGCUGGCGCCAAUCCCGUGGAGCUGUUAGCCAUGGCAGGGUCAAGUGACAAGUACUUCUUCGUGGAGACUUUUGGAGGCCUGAAGGGGAUAUUCUCAGAUGUGUCAGCCAGUGUCUGUAACUCUUCAAAAGUAGAUUGUGAAAUUGAUAAAGUAGAUCUUGUUUUCCUCAUGGAUGGUUCAAAUAGCAUUCAUCCAAAUGACUUCAAGAAGAUGAAGGAAUUUUUAGCAUCUAUCGUUCAAGACUUUGAUGUCAGCCUCAACAGAGUGCGUAUAGGAGCAGCCCAGUUUAGCCAUAUCUAUCAGCCGGAGUUUCCGCUGGGAACUUUCACAGGCGAAAAGGAGAUAUCACUUCAGAUUGAAAACAUCCAGCAGAUCUUUGGAUAUACACAUAUCGGCGCAGCACUCCAGCAGGUGGGACAUUACUUCCAGCCAGACAAGGGCAGCAGGAUAAACACAGGUACCCCCCAGGUGUUGCUGGUCCUUACUGAUGGCCAGUCCCAAGACGAGGUGGCCCAGGCUGCCGAAGCCCUGAGACACAAAGGCAUCGACAUCUAUUCCGUGGGCAUCGGGAAUGUGGACGACCAGCAGCUCAUUCAGAUCACCGGGACUGCGGAUAAAAAACUGACAGUUGAUAACUUUGAUGAACUGAAAAAGGUCAAAAAAAGGAUUGUUCGCCACAUCUGUACCUCGGGGGGCGAGAGCAAUUGCUUUGUGGAUGUUGUGGUGGGAUUUGAUGUCUCAACUCAGCAGAAAGGGCAGGUGUUGCUCGAAGGCCAGUCUUGGAUGGGAGCCUACCUUCAAGAAAUCUUACGUGCCAUCAGCUCCCUCAAUGGGGUGAGCUGUGAGGUGGGCACAGAGACUCAGGUCAGUGUGGCUUUUCAAGUGACAAAUGCCAUGGAAAAGUAUUCUCCCAAGUUUGAGAUCUACAGUGAAAACAUACUGAGCAGCUUGAAAGGUGUAACAGUUAAAGGACCAUCUCUUCUCAAUGCAAACCUCUUGAGUUCUCUAUGGGAUACAUUUCAGAAUAAAUCGGCUGCUCGAGGAAAGGUGGUCCUUUUAUUUUCAGAUGGAUUGGACGAUGACAUUGAAAAACUUGAACAAAAAUCUGAUGAACUUAGAAAGAAAGGCCUGAAUGCCCUCAUCACUGUUGCUCUGGACGGAUCUGUCGACCCCAGUGACUCCAGUGAUCUUCUCUACAUUGAAUUUGGGAAAGGAUUUGAGUACAGGACACAGCUUACUAUCGGCAUGAGGGAUCUUGGGAGCCGGCUGUCAAAGCAGCUGGUCAAUGUUGCUGAAAGGACAUGCUGCUGUUUGUUCUGCAAGUGCAUUGGAGGAGAUGGCUCAAUCGGAGAUUCUGGACCACCAGGGAAAAAGGGAUCCCCAGGUUUUAAAGGCAGCGAAGGUUACCUGGGAGAGGAGGGCAUUGCUGGAGACAGAGGAGCCCCUGGACCCGUGGGAGAGCAAGGUACUAAGGGAUGCCGUGGAGCCAAAGGUCCUAAGGGAAGCAGGGGACUAAGUGGACAGGAGGGAGAAGUUGGGGAAAUUGGAAUUGAUGGAUUAAAUGGAGAACAGGGUGACAUUGGUUUUCCUGGAAGAAAAGGAGAAAAGGGUGAUGAGGGAUCCCAGGGAAGCCCAGGAAAGAGAGGGACUCCUGGUGACCGUGGAGCAAAGGGCCUGCAAGGAGAUCCUGGAGUCCCCGGAUUUGAUAAUAGCAUAGAAGGACCCAAGGGCUUGAAGGGAGAACGUGGAAGACAAGGUAGAAGAGGCUGGCCAGGCCCUCCCGGAACACCAGGCUCCAGAAGAAAGACAGCUGCUCAUGGCCAAAGGGGACAAACAGGUCCACAGGGAAACACAGGCAUUCCAGGCCCAGAUGGACUUGAAGGCUCACUGGGACUUAAGGGCCCUCAGGGCCCAAGAGGAGAGGCUGGUGUGAAAGGAGAAAAAGGAGCCCUAGGAAGUAAAGGCCCCCAGGGGCCCCCAGGACCCGGAGGAGAAGCAGGGAAUCAAGGCCAUUUGGGAAUCCAAGGAAAUAAAGGAGAACCUGGAGAUCUGGGAGAAAAAGGAGCUAUUGGCUUUGCUGGUCCUCGAGGCUUGCCGGGUAAUGAUGGCAGUCCAGGCUAUGGUACAGUUGGAAGUAAGGGAGCAAAAGGGCAAGAAGGAUUCCCUGGAGAAAGUGGACCUAAGGGUGAGAUUGGGGACCCUGGUGACCCAGGAGAGACUGGACCCAAGGGAGCUAGAGGCAAAAUGGUGUCUGCUGGGCUUCCAGGAGAGCAAGGAUCCCCUGGGGAGCCAGGACCUCCUGGACGCAAGGGUGUGAAAGGUGCCAGAGGAUCGGCCUCAUUUUCUACAUGUGAGCUUAUUCAGUAUGUGCGAGAUCACAGUCCUGGUGGACACGGAAAACCCGAAUGCCCGGUGCAUCCGACCGAGUUGGUGUUCGCGCUAGACCAGUCCCGGGACGUCACGGAGGAGGCAUUCGCGCGGAUGAAGGGGAUGAUGGCCUCGCUGCUGAGGGGCGUCAGAGUCCGGGAGAGCAGCUGCCCGGUGGGGGCGCGCGUGGCCGUCCUCUCCUACGACGCCCAGGCCAGGCACCUGGUCCGCUUCUCGGACGCCUACGGCAAGGGCCGGCUCCUGCGGGAGAUCGACGCGAUCCCGUACGAGAGGUCCUCGGCCGGCCGCGAGAUCGGCAAAGCCAUGAGGUUUAUUUCCAGGAACGUCUUCAAGCGGACGCUCCCGGGGCCGCGCGCGAGGAGGGUCGCCACCUUCUUCAGCGGCGGCCAGUCCCCCGACGCGCAGGCCGUGGCCGCGGCCGCCAUGGAGUUCAGCGCGCUGGACAUCGUGCCCGUGGUGGUGGCCUUCGGCAGCGCGCCCGCCGUCCGGCGCGCCUUCGCGAUUGACGACACUGGCACGUUUCAAGUAAUAGUGGUUCCCUCUGGGCCCGAGGCCGACUACACACCAGCGUUAGAGAGACUCCAGCGGUGCACUUUCUGCUACGAUAUAUGCAAGCCGGAUGCUUCUUGUGAUCAAGCCAGGCCACCCCCUGUGCUGUCUUACAUGGAUGCUGCUUUCAUUCUGGAUGGCUCCCGGAAUGUAGGAAGUGCUGACUUUGAAGACAUAAGAGGCUUCCUGGGAGCACUGUUAGAUAAUUUUGAAAUCACCCCAGAGCCUGAAACCUCUGUCACUGGAGACCGGGUGGCCCUAUUGAGCCAUGCUCCCCCCAACUUCCUACCCAACACUCAGAAGAGUCCUGUCAGAGCAGAGUUCAACCUUACUACCUACCGCAGUAAGCGCCUCAUGAAGAGGCACGUAGAAGAAUCGGUUCAGCAACUAAAUGGAGAUGCUUUUGUUGGCCAUGCCUUACAGUGGACUCUGGACAAUAUCUUUUUAAGUGCACCCAAUCUGAGAAGUAACAAAGUCAUAUUUGUGAUAUCUGCUGGGGAAACCAGUCACUUGGAUGAGGAAACUUUAAAGAAAGAAUCUUUGAGGGCUAAAUGUCAGGGAUAUGCCCUAUUUGUGUUUUCCCUUGGCCCUACUUGGAAUGAUAAGGAACUGGAAGAUCUGGCCAGCCACCCUUUGGAUCACCACUUGGUCCAGCUUGGCCGAAUUCAUAAACCUGACCACAGAUAUGGUGUGAAGUUUAUGAAGUCUUUUAUAAACUCAGUCAGGCGUGCAAUCAACAAGUACCCACCAAUACACUUCAAAACAAAGUGCAACAGACUCAGCUCUACAGAUCCAAGGCAGCCUCCGCGACAGUCUCGAAGCUUUGUUCCUGGAUCACAUAAAGCUGCCCUCAAAGAAGAUACGUUACGGGAGGCAAAAUUCUUUCAAGAUAAAAAGUAUCUUUCAAGAAUAGCAAGAAGUGGCAGAGAUGCUAUUCAAAAUUUUACCAGAAACACAUCCCAUACUUUUAAAAAUGGAAAAAAGGUAAUAACUCCCAAACAACAUGGUAAAGGAAGUGCUGGAACAAUUUCGCCUUAAGAAGCAUGGUAAGACUCUGGACUUAACUAAAUCUGCCACCAGAACUUAAGCCACAGGUUGUAGAUUAUCAGGUGACUUGAAUCCCUUGCACUCAUUGAUACCAAGAUAUAUCUUGUCCAUUUAUUUGACCAUACCUGACAAUUCCAGCACUCUGAGACUGAUAUGCCCAAGAACUGUUAUUAGAUGAUGGAAGAAUGAAAGAAAUGUUUUGAAAAAUCUAAUGGAGAUAUAAUUUGAAGGUAAAUUUUAUAUAGUAUAUGCAUGUGUAUACAUGGGCCAGUGCUAAUUCUUUUGAUUGUCCAGUCUAUUUUCUGUAAACUAAGCCUUCUUUCUUAAUUUAGAAAUGUUUAAUGAUCAUCCAUUUAACCAAAGGUAUUUUUAAGUGUUUGGGGCUACUCCAGAAUUUAACUUAGAAAUUGAUGCUGUUUGUAUGUCAUAUUUUUUAAAAUUUGACCUUCCAUGACUAGUCCACAUAAACACAUCAUUGUUUCCGUGUGGACUGACUAGUCCUCAGAUGGGCUUGUGCUAGGUUUCCCCCACCUUCUGCAGUUGUUUGCUAGGGCUGGUGAGAAGCAAAGGGUAACUUUCUCCAGCUUCAAAUCCUUCUAAAUUCACUGAGAAGCUCAGUAACUCCCCCAGAACAUAAAUUAUUGCUUUUGAGCCUGAAGUGUUCUUUUCAUUAUGAAGCAUCCUGGCUGGCCAUUUUGAUGGGACUUCUAGUCUUUCUUUCCUGUUGUGGUCAUUUAUUAAUUUUCACUAAUCCAUAUAUUCUUUAGACAGAGAGUAAAGACACAACUUGUCAUGGGUGAAGCUCUGAGUUACUUUUACUCGUCAGGUAGCUAUUUAGUCAAUAGUGAACAGCACCACAACAGGAUUGGUGGAGCUCUAAAAUGAGCCUUAAAUGCAAACUGAGUUUAGAAACAGUAAGAAAAUCCAUGUGGGGUUGCAGAGGUGCAAGAGAGAUCAGAGUAACUUAAAGUAGGAAAAGUUUUGGAAGUGCCCAGCUCUGGUAGCAUUCUGUGAUGGCUCUGUUUCCUCAUUCCCAUCCAGUUUUUCUUUUAUGAUGGGAUUGGUAUUUUCAACAACUAAAUACCCAAAGUAGCAUUCUUUAAUUUAAAUACCAUGUUCAGACCUUACCUCAGUCUAAGGCUGGCUCCAGAGUUGGUAGCAGUGGCCCCAGUACACAUAAUAUCCCUCUCUUCAGGAAGGGAAGGAAGGUCUGCUUGGAGGUGUGGGGCAGAUGGUUACUGACACCAAAGACAGUAGGGUAUGUUCAGAUUUUUUCUAUACCUCUUUUCAUAAAACCUGGAAAGAAGAGCCAUCUGCAGUAUUUUUCUAAAACCACUUCUGCCAUCCUUACUCAGGCAACUCCAUAGAAAUAGCUCCUAAUGUCUUUAAAGGAGGAAGCAGUCCAAGGAGUUAAAUUUCGUAUUCAUACUCAGGUAAUAGAGAAGAAUAAAACACAUUAGGUUUCUUCAUCUAUCCUAAGUGGUGCUUUAGGGGUUCAGGAAAAACGUUUCAAGUACAAGAAAUUGAUAAGCAAUAUUAAUAAUAUUUUUUUAUUUCAGCAUAUUAUGGGGGUACAAAUGUUUAGGUUACGUGUGUUGUCCCCCCUCCACUCCCCCGGAAUUGGAACUUCAAGCAUGUCCAUCCCCCAGAUGGUGCGCAUCGCACUCAUUAUGUA